UUUGAUAAGAAAUCGGUUCCGGUGAAAUUCAGCUUGUUCAAAUUUGAGAACUUUUGCUUCAAAAGUGCUAAAUUUUGAAGUGAACCGUAGUUCAUCUUCAUCAGUUGUCAUACUGUCAACUGUCCUUUCCCUUCUAUCCCCAUAUUUUGAGAUUCAAAGUUUAUUCAAAAUGGAACCAAAUCCAAUGUGCACAGCUCUAUCAGCUGUCAAAGUAUUACGUCUAGAAGUUGGUCACUUAUUUUCCACUCUGAGCGCCGGUGUUAGAGAAGAACAUGGUGAAGAAGGACGAGAAUUCAUCACUGAAAUCCAAAACAUGUUGACCACCAUCAAUCAGCGUUACAGAGAAUUCGAACAGUCUGUGAUGAAUAUUAAUAUACCAUCUGGGAGUCUAAUGUUGGCAAAUAGUAGUUAUCUCGGCCAAGAAAGCAGCACUGAUAAACAAAAUCUGUACAGCCCUCUAGUCCGUAGUCACAAAUGGACUGAUAAAGUGCACAAAUACAGUAUUAUCGCCCAUUCCAUAUUGAACGCCAAUUCGUUGAAAAAAUCGCUCAUUUUUACUUCCAGUUUCAAUAAACGAAAGCGACCUCUGAGUACUUCUCAAAAUGUCACUCCUCAGCAAAUGGACUCGUUUAUCAGUAGCAUGGAUCGUUUAUUCCCCGAUAUGAGUUUCUCAGUUUCGAGAUCUUUGGCUGCAAAUACCAUAGUUCAAGUCACGUUGAGUAGAAUGCUUCAAGCAACGAUCGCAUUCAGAGGUCUGAUCAUCGAAUGGGUUGUAAUAAAAGGCUACACCGAAUCGUCCAAUUCACCUACCGAUUUAAUGACCGAAUCGAGAUACCACGUUUUUCGUCGUAUAACCGACCACGCUCAAGCAGCAACACUCCACUUUGCUAUGCCCACCUUUCACGAAAUAUCUGUAAAAUCGUUCUUGUCUUGGCUGAAUAGUUACUCGACACUUUUCACCAGUGUGUGUAAACAUUGUAGUAAACAUUCGUACGAUUGCUAUCCACCUACGUGGCGAGAUUUCAAAACCUGCGACCCUUAUCAUUUUGAAUGUAAACCUUAAUAUCCAGAUUGAUUGUAAAUAGUGUCACGAAAAGGAUUCGCACGAUUCGAAGAGUUGACGAAAUUUGAAACGAGAUGAUGUAUAUACGUGUCAAAGUGUAAACGAGUCGUUAUCCAAGGAUUUUAGAUGGGAAUUUUUUCCGAAACGUCGAAAGAAGAGGAAUUUACUCGAACUUUAAACAAAAAAAUGUUCAAUUUUGAUCAGUUUUUGUAUUUUUUUUUUUUUUCGAAAAAAUUUAACUAGAAGGAAAUUUUUACUUUAAUACGUUUCAAUCCUGUAAAGUCGAAGGGAUUCGGGAUUUGAAUGAAAUCUUCGAUCGUAUUUUAGAAAAUUUUAAAAAAUAAGUUAAAAUAUUAUUAAAAAUGAUGAAAAAUGAGGCCUACCAUGAGCCAUGCUGCAGCAGUCAAGGCUAAUCCGACCAAAAGAAUGUAAAUCAAACGACUGGCGUGGUGUUGAGCGGGUACAAAUUCGAGUCUUUCAUCUUUGGAUAAAUCACGUUUUUCCUCAUCCAAAAGAUCAUACUUGAGCUCACUUUUUUGCAAUUUAUCCGUUACGAGUUGCAUGUUUUUCGCUAUAAUAACUAUACGUUCGUCUCGAUACGCGUACAAAUUUCAAAUAAAAUCAACCAACAACGGUGUAAAAUUCAACGCGUAUUACUUGCUGGUGUUUUGGUUAAAAAAUUUUCGACGACGAACCUCUAUGUAGUGUACCGAUAUCUGUACGUCGAGCUACGUUCGUAAUUAUAAUCUGUUCUACGUAUACUCAUUGUGUACGUACAUAACACAUGCACAAAAUAUAUGGUAGUGUGUGAAAAUGAACGAAAAAAAACAGCUGCGAAUGUACUACAGCAUUAUCGAGGCACAUUACUGUACUUUGGGUUGGCUCGAGUCGAGCUGAAAUUUACGCCAACGAGCGUAUGAAAUCAUAAUGUAAAUAAUUUUAGAACUUUGGGACAUUGAAAGCUUAUACAAUGUUAAGUGUUUCACUGUUUCGUAGGUUAGAAGUUACGGUAUUCGGUUGAAAUUCAUUCAGAAGUAGGAAACACUCGACGUAAAGAAUUUAUGGAUGGAAACUUGAAACUGAGCUUGUAAAAUUGAAACAUUGUGAUUUUUAAGUUUCAACGAGGUCGAGGUUAUUAGAUUUCAAUCACUGGCGACGCCAGCCUGUGUGCCCAGUGUGCACGGGCACACCUGUUCAUUUUCCAAAAAGAAAAAAAGGUACUUUUACUUGACUUUUACAAAUUAUUUAGGGAUAAAAUUCCUUACCAAAAACUAAUUUUUGUUAAACCAAAAGUUAUUUUUGAAUAAUAAUUUUAAGUUCAUUUCUUGAUGCAUCAACAUCAUUUUUCUUACUUCAAUUUUUAAAACAUGGUUGGGUCUGAAUGGGAAUUUUGGAAAGAAGGGGGGGGGGAUUUACAACUUGGUUUUAUAAUUUUGAAAAUUGGCACACCUGUUCAAAUUGUCUGGCGUCGCCACUGAUUUCAAUAACGGUUUAUCUGUAAUUUGUUACCUAUUUAAAUAAGAAUUAAUUUAUUUUAUUGUAAUGUAUGUGUUGAUUAUGUUGUCAGAAAGUUUUGAAUAUUAUCUUUAAAAGGAAAAAGAAAAGGAAAAAAAACGAAAUAAAAUGUUCAAAAUUGUACUGAGUUA